UUCGAUUUGCUAAUUCAUAUCCGCUUUUCUGUAAACUUCGUCAUCGUAAUUUUAGACAAGGACAACGAUCUCCGGUGCAGAGUCAACAAAAGGGCGACUCGGCUACACGGAAAGGAACCUUCGGAGAAAAAAACUCGCUGGAUGGAAGAAGAAUUUGCAAAGCGUCAGGCAAAGCGCAAGGAGAAGGAGCGCAAGCGGAUUCAACUGCCCUCCGGUGAAAUGUCCGAUACAGCAGCAAACACCUCGGUCUCAUUGAGCGAGCACUUGGCCAUCCAUGGCGUGAAUGGCGUUACAUCAACCCAUCAGGAGGUCCAGCAUCAACAGCUCCAGGCCACUGCCGCUGCCUUGAACCCAGCCGCGUCGCAAUUUGAUCCCAACACGGUCAAGACAGCGCUGGCGCUGAACGAUCUGGUCAAGAAGAACGGCGGCGCUCAUCUAGACCUGGCCAGUCUACUUUCGGAUCCCAACCUUGCACGUCAGUUACUCGAACUUGAGGCCUCUAGUGCAGCCGCAGCAGCAGCAGCAACACAGCCCCCAGCCGCGAUGGUGAUCAUGAACACCACGCCCAAAUCUGAUCCGGAGGCUGUCAAAACCAGCCAUAUGUUAGAUACAGAUUACCCCAUGGAUGCUGUUCUGACAUUGAUGCAACUCAAUGGCAGCUGGAAGGCAUAAUCAGACAUUUAUUUUACACAGUCAGCAGUGCUGUUGCAUAUCCAAUAAACAAAGAAACAAAAAUACUGUUGGCAUUUUAUUUGCAG